AUGGCAACAGCCACAGAGUUUGUUGAGCGCAAGAUGAAAACCUCAUAUAUUGUGGGUGUCAUGUUUAUCAUGGCUAUCAAUCCAACUGAAUCACUGGCUUCAAAUAUUCCAUUUGCGAUGAUUGACGAGCUCAGUGCCAUGCCACAAGAGAAAGAGAUACUAUUUACAAUGCACACAAUUUUCCGUAUCAAUGAAAUUUCACAGAUGCUUGAGAAUAGUCGUCUUUGGAAAGUACAAUUGACUAUAACAAACGACGAUGAUGCACAAUUGACUGGUCUUAGUCAAUACAUCCAAAGAGAAAUCGUUGGUAAAGGAUGGUAUAGAACAGGGCAAUUGCUAAACAAAGUGGAUCAUUUCAAUCAAGUUGAUGAAUUCUACAUGGAAUUACUCAAGAACACUUUACAUGACAAUGAUAGGGUGAUAGGAAUCUAUGAUCAACUUACAUGCGUGAAAAAUAAUCAAGAAAGAUUCACAGAAGCAGUAUCAUAUAUCAAAACAUCAUUAAAAAUAAAUCGUCGACCUUUACCAGAAGAUCAUCCCGAUUUGGCUGCUUUCUACAAUAAUAUCGGCCAAGUGUAUCAUGACAUGGAGGAUUACUCAAAAGCACUUGAAUUUUAUGAUAAAUCACAUCAAAUUCUAGAAAUGUCACUGCCUCAAGAUCAUCCAUCAUUGACUACGUCCUACAACGAUCUUGGUUUAGUAUAUAACAAUAUCGGUGACUAUUCGAAAGCACUAGUGUUUUAUCAAAAAGCUUAUCCGAUUUUUGAAGAUACAUUAUCUCCGAACCAUCUGAACUUCGUAGCUGUAUAUAGUCAGCUUGGCGAAGUUUAUAGGAGCAUGAGAGAUUACUCAAAGACACUGGAUUCUUUCGAAAAAUAUUUUCAAAUACUUCAAAUAACAGUACCAAAAGCUCAUCCUAACCGAGCUUUUACAUACAGUAGUAUUGGUGAUGUGCAUCGAUGA